AUGAAACGCAUUUGGAGUUUUUCUCUUUUUAUAUUUUUCCUGAAUUUUUACAUACUCCAAUAUAGCCUUGUAAAAAAUGAAAUAAUCAAAGGAGGAAAACCUAACAUUAGGACCGGGUCUUCAUCUCAUGGCAAAAAUAUUCUUGGUGCGAGCAGCGACGAUAAUGACAUCUCAAACAAGAACCUAAAUGAGGAAAAUGAAAAUGAUGAAGAAACGGAAGAAGAUAAUGUGGCGGAACCGAAUGUGCCUGUGCAUAUACCAAGCGAACAGGAGAAAAAGCAGAUAGAAGAAAUAGCUGAAGAAGCAGAGCUUUUAGCUGAAGAGGCAAAAAUGUUAGCGGACUUGGCAACCAAAGCGUCUCAAAAGGUAAUAACGCAUUUGGGAAAUAUUCCAGAGGAAAACAUCAAGCCGGAAUCUGAGUCAGAGACAAAGGUGGAUUCCAUUCUCACAGCGAAAGACGCAAAAAGGGCAGAAAAUGAUGCCAUAAAUGCCGUCAAGGAAGCCAAAGAAGCCACACAUAUAGAAGAUGCAAAGGAAGCAAAGAAUAAAGCGGAAAAGGCUAAGGAUUUAGCAGAACGUGCAGCCACAUACGUAAAAAAAAACUCAAUAGAAACACUCAAAGCUGGCAAGAAGGAAGCCGAAGCAUCUGAGUUGGAAAAAAUGCAAAUUCCAAUUCCAGAAAAUUUGAAGCCGAAGAAGGAGAAUUUGAAAAAGAAGGACGCAAAUAAAACACCAGCAGUGGUAGCAGUAGACGCUAAAGCAACGCCUACCCAGAAAGAAGCGACUCCUCAGGAGAAAGUAACAGAGGCAGAAGCAACUCCGGCCAGCCCCCAACCCGCAGCGGAAAGUAAAGCUGUAGAAGGAGCAAUCAACCAACCUGGGCAAAACAGCUCAGAGUUGCUCUACGAAGAAAAAAGCUUAAAGGAAGGACACGCAGAUGCAGAAAAGGUCCAAGAACAAGCACUGCAGCCUGAAUUGGGAAGUCCCCAACAGGAACAAAAGAACGUAUUUUUCAAUUGGGUGCAACUUCUUAUAAACAAAAUUAAGGAGUUUAUAAAAUAUUUGAAAUUCUGGUAA